AUCGAUACAGAGCAAACAAAGUACAGUUACGUACAAGUAGAAAUGAACAGUGCGGAAUCGAUAAAAUAAGCAAUAACUUGGUGCUGAUUUAUGUAUACAUUCUGUCUAACAUCCGGGUAAUUUAAAAUCGUUCUUGCAGUGGUGGUGACCUCCCGUGGUAGAUGGAAUAUUUGCAGUUGAACCCGGCGUAGUUUCGCGAUUGUAACAACGAUGAAACGGUCGUACCAAGAAAUCAUUGGUUAGCUGAUACACUUUGUGACUCGUUCGGACCCGUCAGGACGCAAAGUGCAAAGUUACCCCGAUGCUUCUGCGUGCUGGUCUGUUGUGUGACGUCGUAUUGUCUUUUAAUAGUCAGCCCCUGUGACCGGUUUUUCCGUAGUUAAAGAGGCCCCGUUGCACGUCGAGACGCGCCCUCGUCCGACCUUGAAACCUAUAAUCGUUCAGAGCGUUCGAUGUUCGAAACAUCGUCUGGAAAAACUGUGAAUCGUGCUCCACAGGUUCGACUCGUUUUGUUUUCUUCGGCGCCUCGUUAACGCGGAGCAACAGUGAAAUGGCGAAAAAGACGUACGAUCUGUUGUUCAAGUUACUGCUCAUCGGUGACUCCGGAGUCGGCAAAACCUGUAUAUUGUUCAGGUUUUCGGACGAUGCCUUUUCCACAACAUUCAUUUCUACUAUAGGUAUCGAUUUUAAGAUCAAGACAGUCGAGUUAAGAGGAAAGAAAAUCAAAUUACAAAUAUGGGAUACAGCUGGUCAAGAAAGAUUUCAUACUAUUACUACAUCAUACUAUAGGGGUGCAAUGGGUAUUAUGCUUGUUUAUGAUAUUACUAAUGAGAAAACGUUUGAAAAUAUUGUCAAAUGGUUAAGAAAUAUUGAUGAACAUGCGAAUGAAGAUGUAGAAAAAAUGAUAUUAGGAAAUAAAAGUGAUAUGGAGGAGAGACGCGUGGUCAGCACAGAAAGAGGAGAAGCGAUAGCAAGAGAGCAUGGUAUCAGAUUUAUGGAAACAUCUGCAAAGGCAGACAUCAACAUCGAUCGUGCAUUUAGUGAAUUAGCAGAAGCAAUAUUGGAAAAAACACAUGGAAAAGAACCCCAAGAUGCUCCUGAUAGAGUAACAGUCGAUCGAAGAGUGGAAAGAAGUUCUAAUCGGUGCUGCUAAUUUUAUAUUAUUUAUUUUAAUGGCGCAUAAUAAACUAUAUAUCAGCUCGUGCCACUCAAAAUAGAUUUGUGGAUAGAUUUAGAGCAUAAUUUAAAGCAUAAUAGUAUAAUUAAACUCUUCACAUCACUGCCUAAACAAAUUCAAUUCAACUUAUUUGAUAACUGUUGAGAGAAAACGUUUUACUCGUGGUAUAAAAGGAACAUCUCUCGUUUGAAAGGUGAAGUUUUUAACUAGAUCUGGGUUUCAGAGGGUGGAACAUAAAUGCUGUUUGUCACUUAUACAAUUGUACUUAUGGAUAUGUUUAUUGCAUGUAUACAAACAUUGAAGCUCUAUCAGAGUUUUUAUAAAUAAUAUAAGAAAUCGAUAAUAAGUACUGCUGAUGGAGCUUUGUUUUCCAUAUGAAACUCCAUGCAUUGUUGCACGAACAAAGUUAACUAGGAACAAUUUAUUUGCUAUGAGGCUGCAAUUUGUUACCAUAUUGAGAAGAGUGAGAAUGAAUGUGGGCUUUUAAACUUAAAAAAAUCUAUGUGAACAUUGAAUGCUUUUUCAUACCGACAUUGCACUAUAUAUGCUUAUUUACAUUUUAAGUUAAAUCUGAAAGCUUAAGAUCAAGAGCUUUUAUCCUAUUUGUGUAAGACUAAUUUACUACAAAUAUAAAAAUAUUCACAAUUUUCAA